CUUCUCAAGUUGUCGUUGAUAUCAAAGAAUCCUUUGACAGAUUUUGUCUUUGAGAAGAAGCCACGUGUUGAUGAUUUUAACCCAAUAAACCAGUCCUGGCUCGAGAGAGGAGAUGAAUCAUCUGAUGAAGGUAGAAAGAUAGUUGUGAGGGCACUGGCUGGUAAGAAAAUCAAAUGAAAAGAUUGUGUUUGCCGAUGCAGAGGAAGAUUUUGCUGACUUGCUUUUUAGUUUUAUGACUUUACCUUUGGGUGGAGUGUUGCAUAUGUUGGAAGGAGAAUCUUCUUUGAGCUGCAUAGAUAAAUUAUACAAGAGCAUUUCUGAACUGAGUCCUGAUAGAUAUUUAAGGUCACAGAGAGUCAAAGAGGAACUAGUUAAUGCUAAAUGUGCCCCUCAAUUCGCCAUCAAUGGCCAGAUAUUACCAAUUGGAGAGGUAUCCUUGCCUAAGUAUUGUUUCAAUACUUUAAGGGAUGGCCUUGUUGCUACUUCAACUACGCCUUCAUUGAAGAUUUGUGAUCCAAAGUCCUGUAUUGGGGAUUCAUGCAGUGGUAAAGGAUUUCCCAAAGGACCAUCAACGUUCAUGGUGACAGAUGACUUGGUUGUGACUCCGAUGUCAUCCAUUUCUGCGGUUUCUUAUCUAAAUAGGUCACAAGUUCCUUUCUCAGACUUGGAGGAAAGGGUCAUUAGCGUUGGUGUGAAGGAGGGAUUGGCCAUACUAAAAGCUUCCUUAACCUCAACAUCUGCUUUGACACAAAGUUUGGCAAAGCUGACCUGCGAUUGUGAAACCACAGUAGCUGAAAAUGCAACUCGAUCCGGAGAUCAAGAUCACACAGUUUCCCUCAAAGUUCUGGUAGACAAAGAGAAAAACAAAGUUGUGUUUACUGAGGCAGGAAAAGAUUUUCUGGAUGUUCUACUGAGUUUUUUAACAUUGCCUUUGGUGACUAUUGCUAGACUCGUGGCUAAGGAGUCCAAUGUAGCUGACUUGCUCAAGUUUUCAUUGAUCUCAAGGACCCCUACGACAGAUUUAAUCCUAAGAAAGAAGCAAUAUCUUGGAUCAGUGAUGUACAUGGUGACAGAUCACUUGGUUAUGACUCCAAUGUCCUCCAUUAAUGUUGUUUCAUAUCUAAAAACACUAAAUGUACCACGUUUUGACUUGGAGGAAAGGGUCACUACAAUUGGUUCGAAGGAGGGUCUUGGGCUAUCGAAAGCUUCAUUGACCUCAACAUUUGCUUUGACAGAACGUCUUAAACACUUGAUAAGACCCAUUCCAUCUUGUUUGAAGCUGUAUACAGGAUUCUAA